CACGGUAAUUCGUCAUCCAUUUCUCUAAACAGUUGGCAGAAUUUGUGCGUGCGGUGUGCGCUAGUCUGCCGACGGCGUCCGUUCGUAGGAAAGAGAGAAGACAUUGGAAGGAGCCCUUUUGUCAAAUUAAAGGAAAUCAAGUUCGGAUUGAGAAGUAACUCUGAUAGUCAAAUAAAAGAGAAAUCAAGAAAGUCCGGAGGUUAACAAGGUGAUAGUUGAGCUGCGUUUUGGAUUCUUUGACCUCUUGAACUCCCCGCGAGUUUUUUCUUCCCGCGAGGUGAAUAACAGUGGUACAUACACGAACCCCUGACCCCUCCGCUGAAGCUUCGCGCCUCGGCGCCUAGACUAUAUCAGAAGAAAGGAAAAAGAAAUUGCGGAAGCGGGGAGGUUAAGAGGACGGCACGAAAGGGAGAACGCGCCGUCCAUCACCAUGAAGCUCGUUGACCACGUGGUGAGGAGCUUCAAGGUGGCCAAGGUUUUCCGUGAAAAUUCCGAUCGCAUAAAUAGCAUCGAUUUUUCACCAAACGGGGAUACUUUGAUCUCCUGCUCGGAAGAUGACCAGAUCGUGAUAUAUGACUGUGAGAAAGGCACUCAGGUGCGUACAGUCAAUUCCAAGAAAUAUGGUGUGGAUUUAAUCCAUUUCACCCAUGCAAAGAAUACUGCGAUACACAGCAGUACAAAAAUUGAUGACACUAUCCGCUAUCUAAGCUUGCAUGACAAUAAGUAUAUCAGAUAUUUCCCAGGUCAUAGCAAGAAAGUUGUAUCGUUAUGUAUCAGCCCUAUAGAAGAUACAUUUCUUUCUGGGUCUUUAGAUAAAUCAUUAAGACUAUGGGACUUACGUUCUCCUAAUUGUCAUGGUGUUAUGAAUGUUUCGGGACGUCCAGUUGCUGCAUAUGAUCCAGAGGGUCUGAUUUUCGCAGCAGGUGUCAAUUCAGAAUUCUUGAAGCUAUAUGAUCUACGCAGUUUCGACAAAGGGCCAUUUGUUACAUUUAAAUUAUCUCAAGAGAAGGAAUGUGAUUGGACAGGACUAAAGUUUAGUAGAGAUGGUAAAACCAUUUUGAUCUCUACAAAUGGCAGCACAAUCCGUUUGAUUGAUGCCUUUCAUGGUACUCCGCUACAAACAUUUGCUGGUUAUUUGAACAACAAAGGAAUUGCAAUUGAAGCCAGCUUUAGUCCUGAUUCACAGUUUGUAUUUAGUGGAUCCACAGAUGGGAGAGUGCAUGUAUGGAAUGCUGAAACUGGAUACAAAGUUUGUGUGCUUAAUGGAGAUCACCCUGCACCAGUUCAGUGUAUUCAAUUUAAUCCUAAGUACAUGAUGUUAGCAUCUGCCUGUACCAAUAUGGCAUUUUGGUUGCCUACUGUUGACGAAAGUGCAUAAAAUCAAUGCAUCAAAUACUGGGCAAUGCUUGCUAGAAUUUACCUAAUUUUGUGCAAGAAGGAACUGAAAAUGACAUCGGUUCAAGGAAGGAAUAACAACAGUUCUUGGGUAUUUCAAAUGAGCAGAAAUUGCAUUUACAUUAUGUACAAGGUUAACUAACCGACGUAUGAGACGCCGGUGCUGGAACAAACCCAAGAAGCAGAAAAAAUGGCUACAAUAUCCAGGAAAUUGGCCCGCUUGGCUCAUUGGCUUGCUUUGAGUAUGUCAUGCAUGGUUUAUGUAUUUUGCCAUCUUCAUCUUCAUCGUCAUAUACUCUGUGGCGCGAUGAACGUGACCAUCAUAAUACCUUGUCAAUAUUUAAAAAUCGUGAUACACCAUCACUUCUCUUAUUUCUCAAAGUAUGCUACAAAUAUUGCUAGUAUUUGGAUAUGUCAUCUUGUGUACAUAAUUCCUUCUUGUGUACCUGUGUGUAGUAACAAUACAGAAUUAUCUAUACCAUACAAACAUUUGAACAGUUUGACCAUACUUUGGCAAAACCAGUAACUUCAAUAAUUAUUUUGAUUCACUGCACUAAAAAAGAAAUUAACAUAUAUUAUAUUACCAAUAGAAUGUAUUUGUAUAGAUUUUUUAAUUCAAACAUUUUGAUGUUAUUCACUUGAAAUAAGUUUGUACAGCACAAAAAAAGAAAAAAGAAUGAUAAUUUUUUUUAUUAAUAUUUCGAAAACAAAUCGAAUCCAUAUCUACUAUAUGAAAUUUUACAUUUUAUUCUAUGAUAUAUAAUUGGUUGAAGAAUUGUAGUCGCUGAUAUCGCGCAUGGAGAAAUUGUUGUAAUCAUUGCAUUAACACAUAUCUCAACAAAUUGUUUCAUUAAUUAAAUUUGCUAGUGAUCGUCCGAAAUCAGGGAUAUUUUUCGUAACCUCAUUAUGAACGGCCGUUCACUUGAAAUUCAAUGAUUAUACGACCUCGUUGCGCGCAAGAACGAUAGGAUAUCGAGCUUAUUUAUUAUGCGCAAUAAACAUGUGAAAUGUCUUAAAUAGACACUUUGUUGACGGCAGUAAAAUAUCUCGUGUUUCUACUACUUCCAUGCGAUAAAGGUAUAAUAAUUCUGAAAGUAUACUGCCAACGUUGGCACUUAUGUUAUUGUAUAUGUAUUAUUCUAGAUAUGGUAUCGUUUUUAAUCUACAUGCGUGGAACCGGCGGGCCGGGUGAGAAAACAUUCGAUGAUGGUAGGAAGUGCAGUUAAGUCUAAUCAUUUUCACACAGUAGUUCGGUAAAUUUUAAUGUUUACAUCUAUGCGAUAAAGCAUUUUACUAUAAGCCUACAGGUGCAUUGGAAUGAACAGGCAGCAUUUUAUUACAAAUUAAAAAAGAGAAAAAGAUAAAAAAGAAGAAAAAAAGUUCGACAAUCCAUCCUUUUAAUAUGAUAUAAUUGUAGUUAAAUGGCUGUUUCGUUUCAUUCUAUACGUAUGUAAGUCCAUACUUAAUAAAUGAUCAAAAUUGUAUUGUUUGCUUAGGAUAAAAAACUGGAGAUAUCGCGAAAACCGCGUCGAAAAGAAUAUCACACAAAAUUGUAUGACUACAUAUUUACAACACUGCUCGUGCACAUUCUGUCUGUUCGAUUAUAUAGCCCUGCCUUCAUCAUACGUGUAUAUAUCAUUAUAUCCACAGUGUCCUCUAGAAUUUCUAGAUGUUUUCCUUAACAUACCUUAUGCAAGAGUAGAUGAUUGUACUAUUCUAUACGAAAAAAACGCAUACGUAUGCGUAACAUGUAUGAUUGUGUUGCAUAUUUGCGUAUUGUCUAUUGAUUCUACAACGGUGUAUGAGUGCGUGUACGAAUGUCUCUUUGUAUGUAAUGUGUUCGCUUGUAUAUCUUCGAGGUCGGCGAGCUCUUGAAUGCAUUACUUGUGCGCCAAUGCACGAGAGUACGCCACAUCUUGUAAAAUAGUAUUUUUCUAAGUGGCGAAACAGUGUACGCAAAGAUUGCGGUCUACGUCGAACAUGCGAAAACGAAGAAAUACGAUUGUUAUUUAAAAACGUGUAUUGCGCGUAAUUAACAAAAAAGAAGACGAAUAUACGCCGAAUUUAAUGAAUUAGAUCGAAGCAAAGAUUUCAUAGGGCACCCGAAAGAUAGACUCAAAGAAAUCAAAUCGUUUUGAAAGUACCACGAUCGAUCCACGUAUAUAGAUUAAAAUACUUUCAUACUGCCAACUAUAAUUGAAUAAAUCCAAGCCCAUGCCAAGAAUAAUCUCGAAUACGAAUUUCUGUAAAUCGUUCAACAUGCGAAACACUGUGUUCCCAAACGGAAAAAACGACAACUUGUAUAUAUUCUGGCAAGUUAACGACAUUAUCUAAUCGAUAAAUUUACGUUCUUCCGUGAGCGGAGACGCGGAAAUUGAUCAUUGAUCGAUUAGAUUUUUCAGUGGUUAUAAGUCCACAAUUUGUUUCCACGUUUAAAGCGUCAGUUAGGGGCAUAAAUAAACGAUUCUUUUUUCCUGAGAUUGUAUAAAUCCUCGUAAAGUUGUAUAUAUAAAAACAAAAUAAUAUGAUAUUUUUUUUAUAAACAUCAGUCUUCAUUUAGUGAUUGUAUAUUUACAUUCUAUUGCCCACAACGAGGAUACACAAUCUAUAAAAAAGAAGAUAAUAUUGUACGAGCCAAGAACUUUUUAUUGUUAAACUAUUUAGUUUAAUUUUUGUCAUAUUUAACUAUUUGAAUGAAGUAAAAGAAAUAUUUCUAAACUAUACAAUAUUACUCAUUUAUGCCUCUGCUAUGACCGUCGAUUUAUGCGGCCACUUAACAUAGGGAUUUAGAACUGAAUUAAGAUUAGGUGUAUAUUGUGUCAAUCGAAUGAAUCUUAACAAUUAAGAGAGCAUUUUAUUAAAACGCACUUAAAAAAAAGAAAGAAGACGCAAAAGUAAACAAAAGAUACUAAAUGUGAUGAUUCAUUGAAGUAAUUAAUCUAUGUUUAAUUCUAUAUUUAGAAACAUUUAUUUUGAAACGUUCUAGUUUUAGAGAGAUUUCUAAGUUCCUACGUUAAGUUUUGGUAAUGGGAUAACAGUCGACAUGCGUGUUUUGUAGAUGAAAUGUAGUCAUAUUCAGUACUAAUUUUUAAUUGAAUUUUACGUUAUUCUGCGUAAGAGUUAAGCCGAUUAAUUAACACGUUAUACGUAAUAGUGCAUUAUAGAUUCUUAGAGAACUAGGAACAUACGAAAACAAACGUGUUGUCAUUAUAAAAUGGAAAUUUCUGUUAUGAGACUGCAUCUUCUUCCAAUGAUGAGUUAAAAUAUGCACACCUUUAACGUUUACAUUUUAGCAGGAAAUUAACUUUGGAAACUUUCUUUUUUUUAUAUCGGUCUGAAACAUUUAAACGAUUAACGAUAUUGAAUUAUUCUUGAAUACUUCGAACAUGUAUUGUGCAUAGUAAAUAUGAAGAGAUAUAUUAUUUUAAUAUUUAGUAUACAAUAUUUAGUAUAUUAUAUUAAAAGAGAAAAUCUUUUUACUUCCAUAUUAUAUGAAAAUUGCAAUAAAAAUUGUAAUAUGAAUUCAUUUUCUGUAAAGAAAGAAAGAAAAUGUUUUGUGAUCGCAUUUACCUAUGUUCCAGUUCGCUAAGUCGAAACGACAAUUAACACAGAAUGAUGAAAUUUUCUUUCACUUUAAAUGUAACAACAUAUCAGCGUGUUUAUUAGGGAAUUUUUAUUGAACGAACAUAUUUUUAAGCGUAACUCACAGAAAAGAAUCUUUGAUGACAAUGUUCAAUUUAUAUAUAACAUUUAUUACGCAGAUAAAAGUUUUUUUUUUUUAAUCAAUUUAAAUAGAACGCGUGAAAGAUUACUAAGAAAAACAAAUUCUAAUAAAACACUUUUUUUGUACAUUAAAAUUUGGUCUUAUCAUUUUAUUUCUAUGCUGAUUUCUAUUAACCGUUUUUAGAAACAUAAAUAAAUCCUAACAUAGAAAAACACAAUUUCACAUUUCUGUUGUAUGUAUACUUUGUAUAUUAUUUUAUUGAUGGCUGAUCAUGUCUAUGUUACUUUGCAAAAUCGUUAACAGUAUGAUAAUGUUGAAUAGCAAUUUUAAUCGCUAAAAUUACGUAACACGUAUGUUAAUGUAACAUAAUUACAUCUCUGCAGUAAAAUCGAUAGAAUUUUUAGUAAUUAAAGCUGUGCAAAUAUUGCUUAAUAUGGUAUACGUGUAAUUCCCUUUUUCAUGCAAUAAAUUUAUCACUUAUGAUAUAUAGCUGUUGAGUAUACAUUUUGUUCAGACAUAGUAAAUAUAAAGAUGAGCUAUUAAUUUUUAUACUUUUGAAUGCAGCAUCAAUCAUAUUUUUUGUUAUGCUAAAAUUAUUUUCAUUGUUUUGUGAUACUAUUAUUUCUUCGCAAUAUUUAUAACAAUAUAAAAAUGCGAUAUAAACGGGUGUAUUAUGAUUUACAGUAAUUACAACAUUCAUAGAUAUUGUAAAUUAUAAGGCAGAUUCUUAUGAAAUAAAUUUAAAUAAAAUGGAUAAUACUUUGGAA